AUGUCCAAUAAAUAUAAUUUCUCGAAGCUGCUCCAAACGAAAUCGAGUGCGCGCUCCAAAGAUGCAGAGGUGCGUAAAUCCAAAACCGGAGACUUUCAGUCUUCCAAAUCUGAGGACGUUACCAAAACUGGGGAGAUGCGCAGUUCUAAAUCGGGGGAGGGGGAUAAAUCCAAAUCUGCCAGUAAAACGAAAAUAACCACAGGCGCCUCACUUAUACCCGAUCUCAACGUCAUCAUCAAUCGCAUGCGCGCUAAAAAGGACGACAGUUUCGUCUACAUGGACUACAUGCUUCCAACAGACAGCGAGUUCUUCACACCCUAUAGUCUGCGAGAACUCACAUAUGCAGAGUUGGAUAUCUUUGAACCAUACUACACGAUUACUAGACAUGGCGUUACGUACUGGCACUGUGGCGAGAACUUCUUCACACCACUCCUUCAAUGGCAACAGGAGUUCGAGCAGUUCCUGAGCAUUAUUCAAAUUCGAUCUUUCUCAAUUUUUCGCGUUUGGAAGGGCUUCAAGGUUUGGGAGAAGGCGGUAAAGUGGAAGAAAAUCUUUACAGCACGCGACUUUUUGGAGAAUAAUCUCUUCAUUGCCAUACCACAUCUGGCCAAGGCCACAUUGAAAAUUCGAUCCGAAAUUGUACAACUGGAGCGUCUGAACUUUGUCAACGUUACCAACAUUGAGAACUGGCAUCCGUUCUACUUUCUGGAAAUGCACAUGCGCAUCUACGAGAAUCUGUUUCGGGUCUUCAAUGACUUUCGCGAUAUAACUGGAAAGGCAAUAUUUCGCGCCUGCACGGAUGCCAUAACAGCACGUGGUUACUACCCGGACGAUGAGAUCAACUACUAUCCGUCGAUUAAGAAGAUGCGUGAGGCUCAUAGCUUUAUGGAUCGUGCUCGCAAACGGAGUUUCUGCAAGACAUUAACCAACUUUCUCACCUUCUGUGACAUGAUGGUCUAUCAGAUGCUGUACCGUGUGACAAUCAAGAGUUUUGCGGAUCUGGCCGGCGCCUUUGACUUACAUGAUAGGCUGGGGCCAUCGGAAGCCGAGAUUAAGAGGCACCAGCGCUUGGAUAAGCGCAUCGAGCGCACCCGACCACCGAAAAAGCCGCAAAGUCCCUUCUUUCUAAUUAAUCUGCGUCUGCAGCCAGAUCGAAUCGACUUGGAGCCACAGGAGGAGAUCUUGAAGGUUGUAUUUCAACGCAUUGUUGGCCUAAUAUUGGAGACCGUUCUCGAAAUACGCACAUUCACGACAGAUCCCAUGUACCUGCAAUAUACUAUGCCCUCGAUUAUGGGGCGUCAGGAGGAGAUAUUGUACGAUGGGGCACCUGAUCUGCACUUUCUCUUACGUGCCGAUCAAUCAUUUCAACUCAACCGCAAGAACAUUUUUCUUAUCAUUCAUGCGUCGUACGAGCGAGCACGUCUGUACGCCACCCGCUUCCACAGUAUUCGAGAGAACUAUGAGGUGGAUACUCGCACAGAUCCCUCCACUCUGAACCGGGAGCGCGAUUUGAUUAAGCUGCGCGAGUACUGCGAUCGAUACUGUAACAAUGUGCGAGCCCUAGAUGGAAUAUUGAACAACAUGAAUCUGGGUCUGCUAAAGAUCACGCAGUCCAACUUGAAGGACACGGUCACUCCCGUUUGCCAAAAAUUGCAAAACACGCUCGCCGUCUAUCUGCCAAAGCUGGCUGAGGAGGAGACUACCCGCAUAUAUCAAGGGGCUCAAGAAUUCUACGGUCGCAUCUCUUACGAUCCGCUCACAACGGUUGAUCUCGUAUCACAUAUUCGUUAUCUUGAUACUUGCGCUGGCGAGCUGGACGCCCUAUUCGUUGGUAUCGACUAUGUGCAUGAUCUGCUGCUGAUCAUCAAGGACUUUUCGAUUCCAAUCGAUGAUGAUCGGAAGGAGGAUUAUAUGGACACGGAGGACUUCUUGAAUCGCACCAAAGAGACGUUGCAGGAUACUCAAGAAAGGCGAGAAGACUUUGUCCUACAACUGAAUGAGAUCAUUCAGGAAGAUAUAAUCUCACUGAAGAAGGAAAUACAUGAGGUGGCUAUCGAGGCGGUUCAACCUUGGCUGUUAAACAUGAAAUCGGACCGCGCAGCUAUUAACGCGAAGCUGGCUGCACUGCUGGAUCAGUUGAAUAUCUUUCGAGCCCGCGCUGAUGAGCUUAUUAGCUACCAGAAAGAAUUCAAGCUCGAUCUUACCAUGUACGAAGAAAUGGACCAAGCCUUUUAUGAUAUACGCAUGCGCCAGAACCUAUUCAAAACAUUGGAAGACUGGGAGACAGCUCUAGAAGAAUGGGAAUUGGCGGAAUUUAACACACUUGUUGUUGCUGAGAUGGUUGAUCUGAAUGCCAAGACCAUCAAGAACUGUUUGCAAUUCCUUAAAUACCUGCCUGAAAAUAAUAUUGUGCCGCUGCUUCAGAAGUCUGCGGAAGAUUUCAGAGAAAAAUUGCCUGUCAUUGGUUAUCUGCGCAACCCCAAUUUGCGAGCGCGUCACUGGACCGAUAUCGAAGAGCUGCUCGGUAGAAAAUUCUUCCAAGAAAGAGACAUCAAAAUCGCCACAUAUGAGGAUGUAAAUGCUUUUGCCAAUGAAGAAACUGCGGAGGCCCUCAUGCAAAUAUCAUCGCAAGCUACAGGGGAAAUACAAUUGGAGAAUAUGCUCAAGAAUAUCGAGCAGAUUUGGAAGGAAACCGACUUAUCCUGCGUCAUGCACCAUGAUCAGAAAGAUGUGUUUAUUCUCGCUGGCACAGAAGAACUGCAAGCUGUGCUGGAUGACUCAAAUGUGAAUAUUAAUACCAUUGCUGCCUCCAAGUUUGUGGGGCCCAUAAAGUCGCGUGUCGAUGAAUGGAUCGAGGCUAUGGAUCAGUUUGGAAAGACCUUUGAGGCAUGGAUGGAUUGUCAGGGCCAAUGGAUAUAUCUGGAAGCCAUUUUCGCAUCGGCAGACAUACAACGACAGCUGCCCAAUGAGGCUAAAAUGUUCUUCACCGUUGACAAGAGCUUUAAGGAAAUUGUGCGUCAGGCGAAGAAAGUCUCUCUGGCCUUGCCCACCAUGUCCAGCAAGGAUGUGUACGAUACACUGGUGGAAAACAAUCGACUGUUGGACUUGAUAACCCGUGGUCUGGAGGCCUAUCUGGAAGUGAAGCGUGUUGUAUUCCCUAGGUUCUAUUUUCUAUCCAAUGACGAGCUGCUCGAGAUACUGGCUCAGACGCGCAUUCCCCAGGCUGUACAGCCCCAUUUGCGCAAAUGCUUCGAUGCCAUCUAUCGCCUCGAGUUUGGCAUGAAAGAAGGUGGCGAUGGAAAAAUGGUUUUCACCAACGACAUAGUUGCCUUUCUAUCACCCGAGGGUGAAAAACUGCAAUUCGGCAAAGGUUUGAAGGCACGUGGCGCUGUCGAGGAGUGGCUCAGCAAAGUGGAGGAGGCUAUGUUCCUAUCCGUCAAACGUUACAUGCGCUUUGGCUAUCAAUGCUAUCCAGCCAAAGAGCGACAUGAGUGGUUUCAGGAUCAUCCCAAUCAAGUCGUCAUUACUAUAUCGCAGGUGCUUUGGGCCGCAGAUAUACAUCGCAUAGUUGACACAAAAGAGAAAUCAACGGAUAUUGUCGUCGAAAAGAUGGCUAGGUUCGAGGCAAAAUGUCUUAAGGACUUGGGUAAUCUCGCAGCGCUCACUCGCAAAAGUAUUACCUCAUUGCUGCGUAAAGUUCUAUGCGCUCUGAUAACCAUAGAUGUGCAUGCUAAGGAUUCGGUGCACAUGCUGGUCGAAAAAAGAGUCACCAAAUCCAACGACUUUAAUUGGCUUAAAAUGCUGCGUUUCUAUUGGCUCGACGACACUGAGACGGUCUCUUCUCGCAUGGCAGCUGCCGACAUACCAUACUACUAUGAAUACUUGGGAGCGGGCGGUGUUUUGGUCUUAACUCCACUAACAGAUCGUUGCUACCUCUGUUUGAUGGGAGCUUUCCAGAUGGACCUUGGCGGUGCUCCGGCAGGUCCGGCGGGUACCGGCAAAACGGAGACAACCAAGGAUUUGGCCAAAGCGCUGGCCAAGCAAUGCGUUGUCUUUAACUGUUCCGAUGGGCUGGACUACAAGAUGAUGGGCCGUUUCUUCUCUGGGCUGGCACAAUGCGGUGCAUGGUGUUGCUUCGAUGAGUUCAACCGCAUAGACAUCGAGGUGCUCUCCGUCAUUGCGCAGCAGUUGAUUACAAUACGUACGGCCAAGGCAAUGAAGGUGAAACGCUUCAUUUUUGAGGGGCGUGAAAUUAAAAUAAACCGUUCAUGCUGUGUCUUCAUCACAAUGAAUCCCGGCUAUGCUGGUCGCACGGAGCUGCCCGACAAUCUUAAGGCACUUUUCCGUCCAAUAUCCAUGAUGGUGCCUGACUAUGCGCUCAUCUCUGAAGUGAUAUUGUACUCCGAGGGCUUCGAGGAUCCCAAAAUAUUGGCCCGCAAGAUGGUGCAAAUGUACCAACUUUGCAGCCAGCAGCUUAGCCAACAAAAUCACUACGAUUUUGGAAUGCGUGCCGUAAAGUCAGUGUUGGUUAUGGCCGGCGCCUUAAAACGCGCCUCGCCAGAUCAGCGCGAAGACAUCACGCUCAUUGCGGCGUUGCGCGAUUCUAACAUUCCGAAAUUCUUGGCAGACGAUGCUGUACUCUUUCGUGGCAUUCUUAGCGAUCUGUUUCCGGGCGUUGAGCUGCCGGACUCACAGCAUCCCGAUUUGGAGGAGGCACUGCGCAUCGGACUGCGGCUCAAGCAUCUACAGCCCGUUCCCACAACUAUUCGUAAGUGUCUGCAACUCUAUGAGACGAUGUGUGUGCGCUGGGGCGUUAUGCUGGUAGGGCCCACCGGAGGUGGCAAGUCCGUGGUCCUUCAUGCACUCGAAUUUGCUUUGGCACACCUCUUCGAAAACAAUGUUAAAGAUCCCAAUUUUCGACCCGUCAACAUUCAAACGAUGAAUCCUAAGGCAGUCACCAUGAACGAGCUCUACGGAUAUGUGGAUCCCAAGACUCUAGAGUGGCAAGAUGGCUUACUCGGCAUUGCUGUUCGUUCUGCAGUCAACGUAGAGGAGGAGAUACAUCAAUGGAUUAUGUGCGAUGGACCCGUGGACGCUGUUUGGAUCGAGAACUUAAACACUGUCCUAGAUGACAAUAAAAUGCUGUGUCUGGCCAACUCGGAGCGCAUUAAGCUGACGGCAUGGAUUCACAUGCUAUUCGAGGUACAGGAUCUGCUGCAGGCCUCUCCCGCCACUGUAUCGCGCUGCGGAAUGGUCUACGUAGAUCCAGGCGAUCUUGGUUGGGUACCGUUAGUAGACACCUGGCGAGAAAUAGACAUGGGCAGGAAACUGCCAGAGCCACUGGCCGAAUUUCUGUAUCAACUCUUUAUCGGCCACUUUGACAGAGCCCUAAAGAUCGAACGCAAGCGUGCCGCAUACACUAUAAGCCAGGUGCUCAGCGCCAAGGUGCGUCUGCUGUGCGCCCUCACCUCGUCACAGCUAGAGGAGGUCAAGUGGAGUUCAUUGGAACAGGAGGAUGCCAAGAAUCUAUUAACUAAGAUAUUUUCUUGGUGUGUGCUCUGGGCGAUUGCCUCAAAUUUAAAGGAUGCUGAAAAGAUCUCCUUUGAGGAACAGUGGACCAAAGCAAUAAGUACACACCCAAACAUGUUCCCUCCAAAGCACACGAUGUGGAACUAUCGCGUCAAUCUGGAGACCAAGGACUGGGGCAAGUGGAUUGAAAUCAUGCCCCGGUUUAUCUUUAGUUCGGAGAUUUCCUACUACGACAUGCAAGUGCCAACAGUGGAUACCACAAAAUAUGGCUAUGUAACGGACUUGCUGUUUAAACGCGACUUUCCCGUUAUGUUCACUGGAGAAACGGGUGUGGGGAAAACUGUGCUAGCAAUUAGUUGCUUGAAGCGUCUGUCCGAAGGCAAAGUAAUACCAAUUUUCCUGAAUUUCUCGGCACAGACCAGCAGCGUGCGAACACAGGAGAUGAUCGAAGGGCCAUUGGAUAAGCGAAAACGUAACCAAUUGGGUGCACCUCUAGGCAAGACGGUCAUUAUGUUUAUUGACGAUGUCAACAUGCCUAAAUUGGACACCUAUGGCAGCCAACCGGCUAUAGAGCUAUUGCGACAAUUCCUUGACUUUAAAGGCUUCUACGAUCGGGAGAAGAUGUUCUGGAAGGAAGUAUUGGAUGUGGUUUUGGGUUGCGCAUGUGCGCCCCCUGGCGGUGGACGCAAUCCACUCACACCACGCUUUGUACGCCAUUUCGCCCUCUUCUCUCUACCCAAGCCGAACGAUGAGACCCUAACCCAAAUCUUUAAGGGCAUCUUAUUGGGUUUCCUCGACAGCUUUUCAGCGGCUAUACGCGCUCUUUCUGAGCCGAUUGUGAAUGCCUGUGUGGACGUUUAUAUGCGGGUGGCCAAUGUUAUGCUGCCCACACCAGAUAAAUCGCACUAUAUAUUCAACUUGCGCGAUCUGUCGAAAUGUAUACAGGGAAUACUGCAGGCCAGCAAUUUGUACUAUAACAUGGAGAGUCAAGUAUUGCGACUCUUCUACCACGAAACAACGCGUGUUUUUCACGAUCGUCUGAUUAACAACGACGAUAAGUCGCUGUUCAAGAACCUUAUGGCCGACGUAUGUUUGCUGCACUUUCACCGCGAGGUGGUGAAGAACGAGGAGCCUGCGUUGCUCUUUGGUGAUUUCAUGAUCUUUGGCAAGCCCAAGGCUGAACGCAUCUAUGAGGAAAUUAAAGAUCAUGGAAAACUGGAGAGUGUGCUAAAUGAUUAUAUAGUGGACUACAAUUCUGUGGCAGUGGGCAAGCAUAUGAAGCUAAUACUCUUCCAGGAUGCCAUGGAGCACACAGUACGUUUGGCGCGCUUACUGCGCAGCGACCGUGGCAAUGGGCUGUUGGUGGGCGUGGCCGGUAUGGGAAAGCAAUCUCUCACAAAACUGGCUGCCCAUGUCAACGAAUACAACUGUUGGCAGAUUGAGAUGCGUCGCAAUUAUGAUAUGAACGCUUUCCACGAGGACUUGCGUGUGCUUUAUCGCAUUGCAGGCAUCGAAAAUCGUCCUGUUGUGUUUCUACUAAUUGACAGUCAAAUAGUUGAAGAGGAAUUCCUUGAGGACAUCAACAAUAUUCUAAACUCGGGCGAAGUGCCAAAUCUCUUUGAGGGCGAUGAGUAUGAAAAGAUUAUUUUGGAUGCACGUGAUCCUUGUAACGAAGCUAACAAGGAUGAGAGUUGCAAUCGGGAUGCCAUCUACAAAUUCUUCAUAAACCGUGUGCGCAACAAUCUGCAUGUCGUCAUAUCCAUGAGCCCGGUGGGUGAUGCGUUCCGACGGCGAUGUCGCAUGUUCCCAUCGCUGGUCAAUUGCACAACCAUCGACUGGUUCACCAGUUGGCCCACAGAGGCCCUGUAUUCUGUGGCUCUGGGUCUGCUUACGAAAAUUGCCGCAAAAAUGGAAGAUCGCAUAGCACUGGCCAGCACCACGGUGUUUAUGCAUAAGACUGUCGAGGAUACAUCGGUACGCUUCUACAAGGAGAUGAAACGCUACUACUACACCACGCCCAGCAGUUACCUUGAGCUGCUGAAGCUCUAUCAAAAUCUACUUAAGUCCAAAACGCAAGAGAUUGUGGCAAAGCGCAAGCGCAUUGCUAAUGGCUUAAAUAAGUUGCUGGAAACCAACGAAGUGAUUGCAGUCAUGCAAAAAGAACUCGAAGUAAUGGUGCCCCAGCUGGAUGAGAAAUCGGCGCUAAUGAAAAGUCUGCUGGAAAAUCUGAACAAGGAGUCUAAAGCGGCCGAUGUAGUCAAGCAGGGCGUAAUAAUGGAUGAGGCAAAUGCCAAAGAGAAAGCAGCCGUGGCACAGGCCAUAUCCGAAGAUGCCGGUAAGGACUUGGAGAUCGCAAUGCCAGCUCUACGGGAAGCCGAAGAUGCCCUCAAGGGCCUAACAAAGGCAGACAUCAAUGAACUCAAGUCGUUUACAACACCACCAGCGCUUGUACAGUUCUGUAUGGAGGCCGUGUGCAUUCUACUGGGUGCUAAACCAACUUGGGCAUCGGCCAAGGCAGUUAUGGCUGAUGUGAACUUCAUCAAACGCCUGUUCGAAUACGAUAAGGAGCACAUGAAAGAUGAUGUGCUCAAGAAAGUCAAAAAAUAUAUUGACCAUAAGGAUUUUGUCCCAGCGAAAUUUGAGAAAGUUUCCAAAGUGGCCAAAUCAGUGAGCAUGUGGGUUAUCGCUAUGGACAAAUUCUCCAAGGUAUAUAAGGUGGUGGAGCCGAAAAUCAAGCGCAAGGAAGCGGCCGAGGCAGAGCUUAAAGAAGUGAUGGUAGUCCUGCGCCAAAAGCAAAAGGAACUUGCGGCCGUUGAGGCCAAAAUUCAAUUGUUGAAGGACAGUCUCGAUGAAAAGCAACGCGAAUUCCAGGUCAUACAGGAUAAUGUCGACUUGACCUAUGGACGCAUCAAUCGAGCAGGUCGCCUCACCUCCGCCCUAGCCGAUGAACAGGUGCGUUGGCGUGAGACUGUCAAGACGCUGACCGCCGACCUGGCAUGUGUUCCAGGCGAUGUGCUUGUGUCGGCGGCCUGUGUUGCCUACCUCGGCGCCUUUUCCCACGAAUAUCGUCGCGAACUAGGCACCCUGUGGGUGUCCAAGUGUCAAGAGUUUAAAAUACCCUCAAGCAAGGAGUUCAAUCUUCUCAAGAUUCUCGGCGAUCCGUAUGAAAUGCGCCAGUGGAACGUAGAUGGCUUGCCCAAGGAUAACAUAUCCAUCGAGAAUGGCAUUUAUGCGACACGCGCGCUCCGCUGGGCGCUCAUGAUUGAUCCACAGGAGCAGGCAAACCGCUGGAUACGCAACAUGGAGAAGAACAACAACUUGCAAGUCGUCAAGAUGACUGAUGGCCACAUGAUGCGGGUACUGGAGAACAGCGUGCGUCAGGGCUAUCCCGUGCUACUCGAGGAAAUAGACGAGACAAUUGAUCCAGCCCUACGGCCCAUUCUACAGCGCGAAACGUACAAGUUUGAGGGACGUGUAUAUCUAAAAUUGGGCGAUCAGGUUAUCGACUACGACAACAAUUUCAAACUGUAUAUGACCACCAAAUUGGCGAACCCCCACUAUCUACCAGAGGUUUGCAUCAAUGUGACAUUAGUGAACUUUUUGGUGACAGUAACCGGACUCGAGGAUCAACUGCUGGCCGAUAUUGUGGCCAUUGAGCUACCCGCCAUGGAAAUUCAACGAAAUGAUCUUGUAGUUAAAAUUAACUCGGAUAAACAGCAACUGAUGCAGCUGGAAGACAAAGUGCUCAGACUACUCUUCAACUCUCAGGGCAAUAUAUUGGAUGACGAGGAACUUGUAGAGACACUGAAUGAUGCCAAGGAAACAUCACUAAUUAUCGCCGCUCGACUUAUUGACACGGAAGAGACGGAGAAAAUAAUAACCGCCUCGCGGGAACGCUACCGCAUAUUGGCCUCGCGCGGUGCAAUACUCUAUUUCGUGGUCGCUGGCUUGGCCGAAGUAGAUCCCAUGUAUCAGUACAGUCUUAAGUACUUUUCGCAAGUCUUCUGCAACGUCAUACGCGUCGACCAUCCACCCUUGGCUAUUGAAGCGCGUAUCGCUUCCCUGAUGACAGAGGAACUGAAAGCCAUUUAUGACAACAUUUCGCGUGGUCUGUUCGAGAAUCACAAAAUUAUCUUCAGCUUCCUACUGGCCCUCGCGGUGGAACGUCAAGAGGGUCGUGUCACUGACGAUGAAUUCAAUUUUCUUACACGCGGUGCUGUCGGAUCGGUGCGACCGAAGACCCAACCGGCGAGCACAAAAUUAAGCCAAAUGGAAUGGGAUGCCUGCCUAUUUCUGGAUGAGAAUUUCAGCGCAAGCUUCGCCGGCUUUAGUGAUGCUGUUACUCAGCCGUUUUUCUUGCAAAUCGAGUCCAAUAAGGAAGUGUUCGAUUUCGCUCGCACAAAGCAAGAGCCAACAGACAAGUGGGAUAAGCGGCUCAAGUCCUUCCAAAAACUCAUGUUCAUUUCCACGUUCCGCAAACCGCGCUUCCUGCUCAACGUUGUCGUGUAUCUGCGUGAGACUGUUGGCAAGUACUUCACGGAAGCCUCGUCGGGGGCUCAAUUGACAACAGUCUUUCCGGACACCUCAGCCGUGACACCGUUGGUCUUUGUACUCUCCACCGGCUCAGAUCCUAUGUCGAGCUUCCAGAAGUUUGCCAAAGAAUUGAAAUACUCGGACAAGUAUUAUUCGAUUUCGUUGGGACAGGGUCAGGGGCCCGUGGCUGAGAGUCUAAUUGACAAAAGCUUACGUCUGGGUCACUGGGUCUUUCUGCAAAAUUGCCACUUAGCCACCUCGUGGAUGCGGACGCUGGAGACAAUUGUGCGAAAUCUAACACUAGGCAUAACAAAGGCACACCCCGAUUUUCGCCUGUUUCUGUCUUCAAUGCCCAUCAGACAUUUUCCCAUAAGUGUGCUGCAGAAUUCGGUCAAAAUCACCAACGAACCACCCAAAGGCAUCAAGGCUAAUGUGAUUGGUGCACUGGCCGAUCUCAAGAAGGAUUUCUUCGAGAAGCACGUACAAAACGGCAAAUGGCGUUCCAUAGUCUUUGGCUUGUGCAUGUUUCAUGCCGUUCUCUUAGAGCGUCGUAAGUUCGGACCACUUGGCUGGAACAUAACGUACGAGUUCAACGAAAGCGACCGUGAAUGUGGUCUCAAGACCUUGGAUUUCUUUAUUGAUCGCGAGGUACUGGACGAAAUACCUUGGGAGGCCAUUUUGUACAUAAAUGGCGAGAUCACUUGGGGUGGUCGUGUCACAGACUAUUGGGAUCUGCGCUGCUUGCGAACAAUUCUCACGAUUUUCUCAUCGCAACGCAUUAUAGCAGCCGAUUAUAAAUACUGUCGAGGUGACUCGUAUUAUCGUGACCCCGGCAAAAAGACACUGGCAGAGUAUUCAGAAUAUGUGCAGGGCUUCCCCGUACUGGAAGAUCCGGAAAUAUUUGGAAUGAAUCAAAAUGCCAAUAUUGUGUUCCAGACCAAGGAGACGGAGUUCUUCAUAACGACGUUACUGCUGGGCCAACCACGCUCCUCUGCUGACGAGGGUCAGGCAAUGGAGAAUGAGAUAUGUUUACAGGUCAUUACACGCAUACAAGGUGUCCUAACCCGUAAGAUUCAACGCGAGCCCCUACACGACACUCUAACCAUACUAGACAGCAAGGGUCAAGUACCUUCACUGACCACGGUGUUGGUGCAAGAGAUCGAUCGCUUUAACAUCGCACUUAACAUUAUUCACGACAGCUUGUCCAAUUUGGACAAGGCCAUCAAAGGUCUUGUGGUAAUGUCUGAAGAGCUGGAAAGCGUAUUCAAAUCACUGUUGGCCAAUCUGGUGCCAGCUGUGUGGGCGAAACGUAGUUUCCUCUCCAUUAAGCCGCUGCCCAAUUACAUAGCGGACUUUCAACGCCGUAUCGACUUUAUCCAGAGUUGGGCUGAAAAUGGGGCUCCGCGUUCGUAUUGGAUUAGCGGCUUCUUCUUUCCGCAAUCAUUCCUCACUGGCAUUCUGCAAACAUACGCGCGCCGACGCAUCCUCCCCAUCGAUUCGCUAAAGAUUGACUUCGAGGUGAUGGAAAGGGAGCUGGUGCAGCAGGAUUUCUUCGAGACGCACGAGAAAUUGGGAAAUGACGCCAAACUCUAUGGAAGCCUACCGGAAUGUACUGAUGCGCACAUUAAUGUGCACGGCAUUUUCAUUGAAGCCGCACGUUGGGACAAAAAUCGUGGCGGGCUCUGUGAUGCCAAAUUUGGAGAACUAUACACUCGCCUGCCUGUAGUUUGUUUCAUGCCCUGCCUAGAUAUUAAGCCAGAUGUCCGCUACGAAGCGCCGCUCUAUAAAACACAACAACGUUCCGGCGUGCUCUCAACUACGGGCCACUCCACAAAUUUUGUACUUUCCGUGCUCUUAGACAGUGUUAAUGAGCCAGAGUUUUGGAUUAUGCGUGGCACUGCGCUGGUAUCGGCAGUCAUGGAGAACGUCUCCUAGAUGAAAAUGUCUAUUUAAAAUAAUUUUGCAUUUAAUUGUCUUUUUGGUGUCUUUAUUUUGUUAGUUUCAUUUUAACUUUGUUCGAUUUUUAAGGUAUUGCCAGAAAAAAUGGUAUAUAAGUAUGUUGUAUAUGUUUAAAUAUAUAUAUAUAUAUAUAUGUAUAUGUAGAUGGUACAUUUGUGUACGUUUUGUA